AUGCACUCCAAGAUCCUCUGGCUGAGGAGCCCAACAAUACUCAGUAACCAGCUCAGGCGAUCCUCUAGCUCCUCAACUACGCAUCAUGGCUUUCAACAGCGUUCGGCUACCGUCAAAAAGUCGCCGUUGGCGGUCUUGCCGACGAAGAGCCUCCUCUAUUCCGUGAUUUUCACUUCCAUAAUGUCGUCGCCCCUACUCGUGCCCUGCCUGGGAUUGCUCAAGUAUGUGAUUGAGUCCAAGUCAUCGUUGAUUCAUCCGUCCAGAAAUCCACUCAUGCGCUACUUUCUGCGCAAGACGAUUUACAACCACUUUUGCGCUGGGGAAAACGAGGCGGAGGUUCGUCGUUCGGUCCAGAAGAUGAAAUCCCUUGGCUAUAAGGGGGUGACUUUGGGAUACGCUCGCGAAUCGGUUGUGCAGAUUGACGUCAAGGACCCGGCCACAUCUGAAGCUGCAAAACAAGAAGCGAUAGACAGCGCCGUGGAUGAAUGGAAGGAAGGGAACCUGCGGACACUUAGAAUGAUAGGAGUCGGCGACUGUAUGAAUGUAAAAUUCACCGGGGCUGGCCCAGUUGCUGUUGAAGCUCUCAAACGGGGAGAUCAGAUUCCACCGCCGCGAAUGCACGCAGCGAUCUUGGAGAUCUGUGCGACAGCUGCAGCACAGGGAUCCCGCCUGUGGAUUGAUGCGGAACAACAGAUCUUCCAACAGACCAUUGACAACUGGACUAUCGAUUUGAUGAGGCAGUUCAAUCGUCAAGGCAAGGUGGUCGUCUUCAACACCAUCCAGGCAUAUCUCAAAGCGUCAACGGAGAAUGUCAGCCGCCAUCUCUCUCUUGCACAAGCAGAAGGAUGGUCGCUCGGGAUCAAGCUCGUUCGAGGAGCGUACAUCGCCCAUGAUUAUCGCUCGCGGAUCCACGACACCAAAGCCGGGACGGACGCCAACUACAACCACAUCGUGCAGUCCCUGCUCACGCGACAAUACCCCACCGGCGAUUCAGUGGCCCCGCACCAUUUUCCCAAAACCCAGUUGUUUGUCGCGUCGCAUAACGCGCAGAGCGUGCGGCAGGCCUAUUCGCUGGCACGGUACCGGCUGCAAAACAGGCUCCCAACGAUUCCAAUCGACAUUGUACAGCUGCAGGGCAUGGCAGACGAGCUAAGCUGCGAGAUAUUGGCAUACAACUCAAGCGACAGCAGCGGCAAGGGUGAGAAGGCUGCUCUGCCAGGUGGGUUCAAGUGUCUUGCGUGGGGGUCACUGGAAGAGUGUCUUCACUUCCUCCUGCGUAGAGCGAUUGAAAACCAGUCUGCCAUGGAACGAACACGGGACACGGCCAUUGCAUUGCGGAGGGAGGCAUGGAGGCGUAUUGGGUGGUCUGCAUGA